AUGGGGGAAAAUGGAUCAUCAUCCGGCGCUGAGCGUGUUCGUGAAAGCUCGCUUAUGUGGCUGAUGCUCACCCGCUCUAAUUACGCGGAAUGGGCUAUGUUGUUGCAAUGCAACUUUGAAACCCUGGAGAUAUGGGACACCAUUGAUCCUGGCGGUGACAAGAUCGCGAUUUCAAUCGAGACUCUUCUCGAUCUAAAAACGCUCACCAUCGAGGAACUGGUGGGCAGAUUAAAGAUGGCAGAGGAUCGCUUUGGGAUCAAGGCGGUCACUGACAAAAUAGGCAAUCUGUUGCUGUCAGAGGAGGACUGGAUGGCGAAGUACCGGCAUCGUCUAAUGCCGGAGUCCUCGUCGACGAGUGGAGCAGGCAAGAAACCGUGGAAGCCCAAGCACGGUGGUGGCGGCAGGCGUGGAGAUCGCGGUGACCGCGGCGAGAAGAAGGAACCCGUUAUCAAGCUGACAUCAAUGGGCCUGUGA